AUCAAAAAAGGUAUUUUUGGGGUAAAAACAUAUUAUUUAGUUGUGGUGGUUGGUGCUUGUUUAUUGCACACAAGGCUCCAGAACUGUUAAUGUUAAAGCCUAAAUUUGGGUACCAGUUCUCGCCCAUCUGAAUAACAAACUGAUGCAUUCUUACGCAGUAGCCUACUGUAUAAAGUGCAGAGUCUGUGGUUGUCUCCUCCUCCCUCCUGUUCUUCAGCACUCCUCUCUUAACUCGUCUCUCGCUUGAUUACUCCUAUCUUUUCAGCAACAAUGGCAACAGCUGGUAAGGUCAUCAAGUGCAAGGCAGCAGUGGCAUGGGAACCCAAAAGGCCUUUGGUGAUCGAGGAGAUUGAGGUAGCGCCGCCCCAGGCCAACGAGGUCCGCAUCAAGAUUGUGGCGACUGCGCUGUGCCGUACGGACAUGCACCAGCUUUUGGAGAAUAUGCAUGAUGACAGUUUUCCAGUAGUCCUUGGGCAUGAGGCAGCCGGCAUCGUAGAGAGCGUUGGUUCUGGAGUCACUAAAUUUCAGCCAGGAGACAAGGUUAUCCCCAUGUACAUCUUCCAGUGUGGAGAAUGUCGCUUCUGUAAGAGUCCAAAGACCAACCAAUGUGAAAUAGCAUGGGGUGCUGGUCGUCACAGUGCGUUGGCAAGCCCAGAAUCCAGGUUUACCUGUAAGGGGAAGAAGAUUCUGCAGUUUACGGGAACCAGUACCUUCUCUGAGUACACCGUGGUUAACCAGAUG